CUCCUCGCGUGCGUCGAGAGCUGUUGAGGAGUUGAAGUUCAAUCCUCACUGAAAGCCUGAACGUGAUACGUGUGCGGUGCGGUGGUUUAGUGUUUUUGAUACGGUCCGGUCGAUGUGUGCCCCUCUCCGGGGUCUAGAGAAAGCGAGAGAGUGCGCGAAGCUGCUGCGUGUUGUUGAGGAACAAGCCCGAUCGGUCUCGGUCUGUAGGUCAUCGCCGGUCGUCUCGCGACAAGUUUCGCGCACAGCAGUACACCUUGGCUGGAUGUAAACUUCCGUUGUAGCUGUUCUUUUCGUGUUGUUGUUAUUGUUAGUGCAUGUCCCGGAGCUCUGCGUGGAGUGCAUUUCCGUUCCGGUCGGCAUUGUCGUAGCCUUCGUUCGACGCAGGAUUGUUUUUCUUUUUCGGAGAAGAUAGUGAGUGGUGAAUGAUCCCCCGACAGAGAUGAAUGGUACUUGUUGUCUCAUUACUGCUGUUACACUACACAUCAGAGAGUUGAAGAGUGUUGUAUUGUGAAAUAAGAUAAGAGUUCCCAUCGUAUCGCUGUUGAGCUAAAGAGCAGCAUGAUGGUGCAAUGGCUUCUCGUUAACCUGUGCCACCGUCGGCCACUGUAGAAGGUCACCGGAGUUCAAGUGGAUGAGAUGUGAAUAAAAUGUGCCACUCGUCGUGAUGAGAUGUGUACGAUGCAACGGGGCUCGUUAGUCAAUGUGUGAAAAGUGUGCCGUUGCAGGCGGUGAUGGUUUUUUGAGUUCAUGUAAGCUCUGGAAAAGGAAAGAAUUAAUUCCCCCUGUAUAGUGGCGGUGCGUGCGUUUGAAACGGGGAAGAAGCAGAUGAAGAGGAAUAUACACAUGCUACGGCGAUGAAACCCGGCAUUAUGUGAGAUUACAUGGUGCAUGGAGGAGCUGCUACAUGGGAGUGAAAGUGGGGGUGGGCGGAAUUCGCACAAGUGUUGUGGUAUCAUCAAGAGUUAGUCAUAGUAGGAUAACCGUAAAGUGCAAGAUUUCGUUGCGGUUUUUAUGUUAUUUUCUUUGCUCGGCUUAAGCAGACGUGGAAUUGGUUGGAGAAGAAACUUGGAAGAAGCAGAAGCGGUUUCGUACCGGAAGUUGGUUUCCGAUCGUGGGAAUCAUAUUGGGAGAUAGGAGCGAUACACAAUGAAGAAAAAGGACAAAAUUACUGUGAUGGAUAUCGUGCUUCUGUGGGCACUGAAGGCGGUAAAACAGUUCAUAGACCUGAUAAACAGUUCCAGCAAUGACCCGAACCGGAAGGCGGUCACACCGGCGAUCGCAACCAAAUUCCUGCUGGCACGCAAAUUCGACAUUUCCCGAGCGGUGGCCCUGUACGAACAGCACGAGCUGAUCCGGCAGCGGGAGGGUCUGUACGGAUUUGACCCGAUGGCCGAUCCCUUAAGAACCGAACUGGAGACGGGGAAAUUUACUAUGCUGCCCGGACGGGAUGCCAGCGGUGCCGCGAUCGCUCUAUUCACUGCCAACCUGCACUACCCGAUGACGGUCACACACAAAACCACCCUGCAAGGGGUCGUGUACCAGCUGGACGUUGCCCUGCAGAGUGCCGAAACGCAAAAGGCCGGCCUGGUGUUCAUCUACGACAUGAGCACCUCCAAAUACUCCAACUUCGAUUACGACCUGUCGCAGAAAAUACUCACACUGCUAAAGGGUGGCUAUCCGGCGAGGCUGAAGAAAGUACUGAUCGUGACUGCCCCGCUAUGGUUUAAGGCCCCGUUCAAGAUCCUUCGGUUGUUCGUGCGGGAAAAACUACGGGAGCGGGUGUUUACCGUGUCGAUACCACAGCUGAGCUUGCAUGUGCCCCGGGACUCGCUGCCAGUGCGGUUAGGCGGAACGCUGGACAUCGAUCAUUCCUCAUGGUUGCUCCAUUGCUACAAAUCGAUGACGAAUCGUGAGGACGAAAUAAUCACUGGACAACAACAGCAGACCAACAGUGCAUCGCAAACCGGCAGUACUAUGGGAAGUGGUGCAACGGCAACAGUUACCACGGCUAUCCUGGAUCCACACCUGGCCGGCGCUGCUGCCAUGGCGACGGCAACCGGUACAACCGAUCUCUCCGAGUACGUCUCCGGUCAUCACCGGACGCCAAGCAGUAGCAUUGAUCACAUCGGGGUCGAGGACAUUUCGGACCUGGCGGCGGCCGCUGCCCAUCAUGUGCAUCACAGUCACCACCACCAUCAUCACAACACCAGCAACAGUGAACUGUGGAGCGAAAAUCCACCCAGUAGCGCGUCGUCCGGCUUCAGCGACGACGACAGCCUGGCCGGUGCCGAAGGUGAUCCAAAGACAAUAGAGCAAAUUGUACAAAUGGUGCGGGAACGGGGCAAACAGGGCCUGAUACGGGAGUAUGCGGAAAUCAAGGCCCGAGCUCCGGACGGAACGUUUACGCAUGCAAAACUAAGAAACAACCUAGCGAAAAACCGGUACACUGACGUGCUCUGCUACGACCACAGCCGGGUGAUCCUUUCGCAGGAAGCGGACGACCCGACAUCGGAUUAUAUCAAUGCCAACUUUGUCGAUGGGUACAAGCAGAAGAAUGCGUACAUCUCGACGCAAGGACCCCUCCCGAAGACGUCCUACGAUUUCUGGCGGAUGGUGUGGGAGCAGCACUGUCUGGUGAUAGUAAUGACAACACGGGUUAUGGAACGGGGCCGAGUGAAAUGUGGCCAGUACUGGGAACCGGCCGAUGGUAGCGUGGUGGAGUACGGAUGCUACCAGGUGCGAACUCUCUCGGUGGAAGCCAACGAGGACUAUACGGUGGCCGAGUUGGAACUGAAGAAUAUUAAGACUGAUGAAGUGCGCUGUGUGUCCCAUUGGCAGUUUACCAGCUGGCCCGACUAUGGGGUACCAGCAUCGGCUCGUGCUAUGUUGAACUUCUUGCAGCGUGCCCGCGAGAAGCAAGCCGAAAUGGUAAAGUCGCUCGGUGAUUUGUGGGCUGGUCAUCCGCGAGGGCCUCCAAUUGUGGUACACUGUAGCGCCGGAAUCGGCCGGACGGGGACGUUCAUAACGUUGGACAUUUGCAUAUCGCGGCUGGAGGAUGUUGGAACGGCCGAUAUCAAGGGAACGGUGGAGAAAAUCCGUUCGCAGCGAGCGUACUCGAUUCAGAUGCCGGAUCAAUACGUAUUUUGCCAUCUGGCGCUGAUCGAGUACGCCCUGUCCCGCUCGAUGCUGCAGUCGGCGGACUUGUCCGGGUUCGACGACCGGGAUGAAGACUCCGAUUAGGGUGUGAGCACGUGGUGUAUAGGCUAUGUGAGGUUUUUGUUUCAAUUAUUAUCUUUUUUGUGUAGACUUUAAUUAGAAGGAUGUGCGAGAUACAUAUUGUGUAAGCAAGAAAGGAUAUGUGCGUCUGGAGAAUACAUAUUUUAAAAUCUUUAGAUAAAAGAUAGUGAGAGAUGGAAAAUAUUUUAAACUCUAUAUAGAAACAUUGUUUAGAAGUUACAAAUCUGAAACAAGAAUCAAACUAUCCUAUUUUUCGUUUUCAGUGUUUCCAAAUCCGUUUAUUUAAAUGCCAACCUGCAGCAAUACUGCUAACAAAUAUUUAGUCUGUUUUUUGCUAUUCCCCUCUACCUAUACCUACCUUAUACAAACAGUGGUAUCGCACCCCAAUAUCCUCCUACAGUUUGGCGAAUGCGAUCCACUACGGUUUGCUACCAUAUUCUCUCGAUUUUUCCGCAGAGAGGUUGUACAUAUUAUUCGAUUAGCUAACACUUUACCGAUUCUAUUACUCAUAGGACGAACAUAAAAAUCAGAAACAAUUAUAUAUGAAUCCUUUUAUUAUAGUCCGUAAGACCGUACUUCGCUUGAUCCCGUUUCAAUGGUUUUUCAUUUGGUGUUGUGAAUAAACGGGCACGACGCUUGGCUCGACGCAUUACAAACUAGGCAGAUAAACAACCAUGCGUCUCCACUGCUGAAUUUUGAGUCGGUCUGCAACGCAUGGUGUUUAAUACGAAUAGAACAUUUUCAAUUUCACCCAUGUUUUUUUUUGCCACGCGGAUGUGUCUGUUAUUCCAGGAAACACCUGUCCUCAUUUCAGUUAUUGCACUUCAGAAAUAAACAAUAAGAUUUCAUCUUCAGUAGUAGUUCAUCCGCAUAUAAGCACAUUGUGAAACCGACGAGUCAUAGGAAAUUUCAACAGAAAAAAAUUGUGCUAGGAAGGAUAAAAAAAAAACAGAAAAUUGUUAAGAAAGAAGGAACACGGAUUACUAUUCUCGCUUGAAUGAAACGCUAUAUAUUUUGCAAAAGAAAAGAAACAAAAACUAACCGAAACAGUCCAGUGAAAUGUGAGUAAAGGAUAACAGAAAUCAGAACAUAGGAAGGAUCAUUUAUUUUGUCUAUUUAUUUUUACUAGAAACUUAGUAGCUCCGAAUCAGAUCUGGUUGAUAGUGAAACUAAGGAAACAGAAACAACAAUAAUUGACUCAACCAUUUCGAACCGAUUCAGAUAUCGAGAUGUUAUUCAUUACCUAGUAAUAAGGGAAAUAACAGUAGAACAUCGGUAGUGGAGAUAAUCUUGGAUGAAGCAGCCGCAGCUGAUCAGUGUCUGCACCGAAAACGGAAGGAGAAAGUACUUUUACCAUCCUUUUACAAUACAAACAAUUUAAACAUAUUUCAAAUACAACAAGAAAAUAUUUAAAAAAUAACGAUGCAAGCGGAUAAUUUUUAGUGAAAUUGUAAAACCUUAACAAGGAUCAAAAACCAAGUAACUGAUAUUAUGGAAAAGAAGUGUAAUCUAUAUUAAUUGAAUGGCAAAUGAAGAAAUAAUAAUAAAAAAAAAACCCAAACGUACAUAAACAAUAAAACAAAAUAAGGCAUUGCCAUGUGCAAACAGAAAACGUUAUCUUUUCAUCAGCGGCAAUGCAAGUCAUAUAAACAUUAAAAAAAAAAUCACCGAGCAUUAAGAAGAUUAAAAACAAACGUAGUCGUUUUUUCACCAGACUCAGAAAUCAAUAUCCACUGUGACUCAAAAUGUGACACAUUACGCAUCCACAUACUCACGCAAACACAAGUCCAACACAAAUCGCAUGAUUAAGUGAUCUACAUAAUAUAGUUUAGCUGUUUAUUUAUUGGAUACUGUCGGAUUGUGUGAUGUCAGUGGCGCCGACGUGCGCCUGAUCCUUUUCAAACAUUAGAAAGGAACAAAUGACCAUCGAGUCACGAUCGGGCACAAAUAGAUGAACCUAUGAAUGCGAAUGCUAGUUUGUAGUAGAAAGGCGAGUAUCGAAAGCAAAACCGGAGGAAGAAAGUCAGAACGUCAGAGGUAACACAUUGCUAGAUUUGUUGUCAUAGCGAAAGCAAGAAGGACAAGAAGAACAUAAUAGAACUAAAUAAUGGAAAAAACAAAAACUGUGCGAAAAAUGAAAUAUAAUCUAUUUGAAAAGAUGAA